AAACUCUGAUUCUGAUGAAGAAAUUGUGAAAAAGUCACUUCAAUGGAGUUUGCGAACUUCAAACUCUACCUUAACUCGAAGUGGGUAUCGACGGUGGCGAGCAUAUGGAUUCAGUGCACCAGCGGCUCACUCUAUACUUUCUCCAUCUACUCCCAAACUCUCAAGUCCACUCAGCUCUACGAUCAGUCAACGCUCGACCUUGUCUCCGUCUUCAAGGACAUCGGAGUCAACGCCGGCGUCCUCUCCGGCGUCCUCUACGACUUCCUUGCCCGCACAACCACAGCUGGGCCCUGGAUCGUCCACUUCUUGGGCUCGGCCCAGUGCUUCUUGGGCUAUUUCCUUAUGUGGGCCGCCGUAGCCGGCCUCUUUCCGCCUGUACCCGUCCCCGUCAUGUGCUUCUUCAUGUUGGUUACAGCCCACGGGCAUAGUUUCUUCAACACCUCCAACGUUGUCACCGGCGUUCAUAAUUUCCCUCACAACAGCGGCACCAUUGUCGGCAUUUUGAAGGGAUUUCUUGGUCUAAGUGGAGCAAUAUUAAUUCAAGUGUACAAAACAUUAUUCAACAACAAGCCUAUGUCGUAUCUUCUGAUGCUAGCACUCUUACCACCUAUAAAUGCUUUGCUGCUUAUGUGGUUUGUGAGAAUCCACAACACUCGUCAGGAUGAAGAAAGGAAGUAUUUGAAUAUAUUUUCUGUGAUGGCUAUGGUUGUUGCUGCAUACCUUAUGUUUGUUAUAAUUCUAGACAACAUCUUUAGCCUGCAAUCAUCGGUGCGCAUCUUUAUACUUGUUGUUCUUGUGUUGUUGCUUGCCUCACUUCUCUUCAUUGCAUUUAAAGCACACGAAAAGUGCUCUGGCGAAAGAAGUUUAGAAGAUUUUCUGGAUGAAAGGGCACAACUAAUUGUGGAGCCUGAAAAGGUGGAUGCAAGGUCAGAUUCUUUGAACAAUCGAAUGACUAGUUUGCAACUAGGAGAAAACCUGAAUCUUUUCCAAGCAGUGAAAACUGUGAACUUUUGGAUUUUUUUUGUUUCUGUUGCUUGUGGUAUGGGAUCAGGAGUUGCAACUGUUAAUAAUUUGGGGCAAAUAGGGGAAUCUCUUGGUUACACAAGCCAUGAGACAGGUUCCUUGGUUUCUUUGUGGAGCAUUUGGAAUUUUCUAGGUCGAUUUGGAGGAGGUUAUGUGUCAGAUUAUUAUUUGCACACAAGAGGAUGGGCAAGACCUUUAUUCAUGGUGAUCACUUUAAUGGUGAUGAGCAUUGGUCAUGUGGUGAUUGUUUCUGGACUUCCAGGUGCCCUAUAUGCUGGUUCAGUAUUGGUGGGUAUUUGUUAUGGCUCUCAGUGGUCACUCAUGACCACUCUCACUUCUGAGAUAUUUGGUGUUGCAAAUAUGGGCAGCAUAUUCAACACCAUUAGUAUAGCAAGUCCUGUGGGUUCUUAUGUAUUCUCUGUCAGAGUAAUUGGAUAUGUAUAUGACAGAGAAGCAUCGGAAGGAAACACAUGCAUUGGAACUUCUUGUUUUAUGUUUUCAUUUCUCAUAAUGGCAUCUGCCACUAUUCUGGGUUCUCUAACAGCAUUACUUUUGUUUUUUCGGACCAAAGAUUUCUAUGCUCAGGUUAUACUCAGAAGAAUUCAAAAUAUUCAAAAUACUGUGAGGGAAUAAUGGAUUCUAUCAGGGAUUGAAUGACUAAAAAGUAAUGUCAGAGCUUUUGUUUAGCUUUCUGAGUGUGUUUACAGGUUUAAUUCACUUUGAUUCUUGUGAUAUAUGAUGCUA